AUGGCCAGCUCUUCAAGCCAGACACAACCCUUCGAGAUCUUCUCCUCCGUCCGCUUUGAUACAGACCUACCAGACGUAGCCUGUCGCUUUGCACAAUGCUAUCCCACACCUCAUCACUCGCCCUAUUACCUGCUCGCCUACCACCUAGACCGCCUGAUAGCAGCAGCGCGUCAUUUCCAGAUGAAAAAGGCAUUAGACUGGCUCCAACAGGAUCUCGAAAGCUUUGAGCAAUUCCUCGACGCGUCGAUACCAAACCGAAGCAAGCCGUGGAGGCUUCGAAUCGUAGUAGACAACAACGGCGACUGCACAGUGGAGGUAAACCCAACAGCGGCAAUCGAUCCAAUGGGUUUACUCAUUCCCACUCUGCACACAGACCCAACCGUGCCUGUGUGGAAGGUCUACGUUGAUACACAAUCCACCACUCCUUCCGGCUUUACAACUCACAAAACCACCGCGCGAGAUGCCUACACAGCUGCCCGACUCAGGGCGGGGAUCAAAUCACCAGCAGAGACAUCGGAGGUACUGGUUGUGAACCCAAAAAACGAGGUUAUGGAGGGCAGCAUCACUACGCCGUAUUUCCAAAGGGAACACAUGUGGAUCACACCUCCAUUGAGCAGUGGCGGUAACGCAGGGACAACACGGAGAUAUGCCUUGUCUCGAGGAUUCUGUGUGGAACAAGUCAUCAGCCGUGACGAGCUUGUGGAUGGAGAACUGUGUUGGUUGAGCAAUGGGGUAAGGGGGUUUAUGCAAGGCCAAGUGGUAUUGACAUAG